AUGGCACAUCCCACGCAACUAGGAUUCCAAGACGCGGCAUCACCCGUUAUAGAAGAACUUCUUCACUUCCAUGACCACGCCCUAAUAAUCGUAUUCUUAAUCAGUACUCUAGUACUUUAUAUUAUUAUUGCAAUGGUUUCAACCAAACUUACCAACAAAUACAUCUUAGACUCUCAAGAAAUCGAAAUCGUAUGAACUAUUUUACCAGCUGUCAUUCUAGUCUUGAUUGCUCUGCCAUCCCUUCGAAUUCUAUACCUUAUAGACGAAAUCAAUGACCCCCACCUAACAAUUAAGGCCAUAGGACAUCAGUGAUACUGAAGCUAUGAGUACACAGAUUACGAAGAUCUCGGCUUCGACUCCUACAUAAUCCCAACCCAGGACCUUACACCCGGUCAAUUCCGACUCCUAGAAACAGACCACCGAAUAGUAGUCCCCAUAGAAUCACCAGUUCGUGUCCUAGUAUCUGCCGAAGACGUAUUACACUCCUGAGCCGUUCCAUCUCUAGGUGUAAAAAUAGACGCAGUGCCAGGCCGACUAAACCAAACUGCCUUCAUUGCCUCACGCCCAGGUGUAUUUUACGGACAGUGUUCUGAAAUCUGCGGGGCAAACCACAGCUUUAUGCCCAUUGUAGUCGAAGCAGUCCCACUAGAGCAUUUCGAGAGCUGAUCCUCAUUAAUACUAGAAGACGCCU